AUUCAACUCGCAGUUUUCUUUAACAUUCCAGUUACUCAAUAUCUGUGUUGGACCGUGACAGCCCUUUUUCUACAUUAAAGAUACGGGAUUUGGAGAAAAAAAUUAACAUAUCAGCAAUGAACAAUACAACAUCCUCAACAGGAAGAUUCACAACCAGCAAUGACUCGUCUUAUUGUGAUUCACUUGGAUCCACCUAUAAUACAGCUUUAAUAGCAAUUUACACCCUUGUGCUCGUGGGAGGUUCUACUGGUGCCAUCAUCAUGACGUGGAAAAUAAAAACCGACAGCAAAUCUGUGACAUCCACCGCUGUGGUCAAUCUUAUAUUGAUGCACACGUUCUUUCUCCUAACUGUGCCUUUCCGAAUCUCUUAUUACAUCCUUGAUGUGUGGAAGUUUGGUUCAAUAUUUUGUAAGCUGGUUAGUGCAAUGAUUCAUGCUCACAUGUACCUGUGCUUCAUGUUCUACGUGGCCAUAAUUGUCAUAAGGAUGAUCAGUUUCUUUCAAAAAAAGAAGACGAUGGAUUUUUAUCAACCUUGGCAUGCAGUUGCUGUGAGCCUAGUUCUCUGGGUCCUGGUGUUUGUUGCUGUUUUCCCACUGUUUCUAGCAUAUUUUGACAGCUCUGAAAAGGAUGAUAAAUGUUUUCAAUUCACAGUUACAAGUGCCUCAUCAUAUGUGAAGGCUAUGAACUAUCUUGCAGUUAUUACUGUGUUAACAACUUUAGGUGUUUUACUUGCCAUCCAGAUGGGCAUAAUGGUACGAUUGAUGAUCCGUUACCAAAAUACUUUGCGCAACCAGCAAGAAUUUGGAGCUCAAACAAAGACACUGUUAUUUAUAUUAAUUAUGAUUUGUUUUGUUCCUUAUCUUGGAUUCAGGCUGUUUUAUGUAUACCAAGAGCAAUGUUCAAAAACCUUAAAUAUUAUGAAUGAAGUAUUUUUAGCUCUGACUUCAAUGAGCUGUUUUGAUGUGCUUGCUUUCCUAGUGGCUUCCCAUUGA